GAAUUCCAUUUUUUGCGUGUUUAUUGGAAAUUGGGCAUUCUGCUUCUCUGUGAAGAAUAGCGUUAAGAAAAUCGCGAAUUUAGUGCCAAAGCGGAGAACACUUGUCGCUCUGAAAACAAGUUUGUUUUGCUGAUCAAAUUGGUUGAUUUUUUAAAAGUAAAAAUCACUUUCACAGACAAAAUUGUGCAAGUUUUGUGCGUGUUUGCAGCAUACUAAGGAGCGCGUUUUGGCCAAAAAUUGUCACAUUUGAGAUGGAAAAUCCCACUGGUUCCAAUGAACGCGAGUUACCCUCAAGCUGUCCAAUUCGAAUGGGAGCAACGGCAGGUCCAGAGCCUGAAUAUGAAGGCAUUCCAUGGCCUGGAUACAAGCCCCGAGGAUCUUUGGCUCGAAUGCUGCACAACAAGGCCAUCCACGACUACUAUUUGAAGCAAAUUAACAAAAACGAUUGGUACCAAUGCGACUUGACGCAGCUGCAUCCGGAUGUGGCAAGGACGUUCGUCCAGCUGGACCCCGACCAGGACACCAUCAGCUUCCUGGAGGAGGCCGAACGAAAGUCCCAAUGGGUGCUAACGCAACUGUGGCACACCGUCGUCAAAAUGUUCCUGGGAUGGUUCAUGACCCAGACGUCCAUCAAUGGAUGGUUGCAGCGCGGUUCCAUGUUCGUGGUCUCGAGGCCGCAACUCCUCAAGCUGCUGAACGUCGACGACACGGUCAAGUUCCAGAGUUUGCUGGAUUUGGGAGCGGGCGAUGGUAACGUUACUGCCCAGUUGGCUCCAUUUUUUCACCGAGUUUACGUUACGGAAGUCAGUGUUGCAAUGAAGAAUUUGCUACAGAGGCAAGGUUUCAGCAUCCUAGACAUCGAUGCCUGGCACCGAACGAACAAAUACGAUGUGAUUUCCUGCUUGAAUCUCAUCGACCGUUGCGAUACACCCUUAGAUCUGCUGACGCAAAUCCGUACCGCCCUUAAGCCGGACGGUUUGGUCCUGCUUGCGGUGGUUUUGCCCUUUUCGCCCUACGUUGAGGCAGGUGAGGGGAGCAAGCAGGACUGCGAUUCCUUAGAGACAGCGUUUGGUGUUUUUCAAGGUGCCUGCGACCACAGGCCUAAGCAGGCCUUGCCCAUCGAGGGCGACACCUUUGAGGCGCAAGUGCAGAGCCUGGUCACCAACGUGCUGAAGCCUGCCCACUUUGAGGUGCUUUCCUGGAGCAGGGUGCCCUAUUUGUGCGAGGGCGACCUGCAGCAGUCCUACUAUUGGCUGGACGAUGCGAUAUUCGUACUUAAGGCCAGCGACACCUAAGAGAAGACUUUGUUUAUUUGCUAUUUUAACCAGUAUUUUUUGUCCGGUUUUUGACUCUUUUUAUUAAAAUAUUUUUGGUGA